ACGGGACAAUUAGAAAAACUGAAAUAUAAUUUUAUUUCCCAACCCACUUUCAAGUUUCAAGUCGUCGUAUACCUCCUCACAUGAUCAAGCGACACACUUUCCUCAACUCCCUCCUCCAGCUACCUGCUCCCCCUCACGUUAUACAUUUCUCUAUAUUCAAUUCUUAAUUUCUGACAUAUUUCCAAAUACUAAAUCAACUCAUAAAUGAACCAAACUACAUGACCCCAUCAACCUCUACAUUCUUAUGCUUCCAAAAGUUAGUAAACAAAACUUUGUAAACUGCAAAUUAAACCGUAUUGGUUUGUAAAGUUUCCUGAGGGAGGGAAGUUCCAGUUUUCUGGGACUUGAAAUUUCAAAACAAAAAUGCAGAGAGAAAAAGUAGAAGAUGAAAAGCCACUGUUGAAUUUAGAAAUAGAGAAUCCAAUACACCAUAAAAAGAAGAAGUUAAGUCUUGUAAAAGAGUUCAGUGACGAAUCCAGGAAUUUAUGGGAAAUUGCAGGCCCAGCAAUUUUCACGGCCGUGUGCCAAUAUUCAAUGGGUGCACUCACCCAGACCUUCGCCGGCCUCGUCGGAGACCUUGAGCUUGCCGCUUUCUCCGUCGAAAACUCCGUUAUCGCCGGUCUCGGCUUCGGUGUUAUGCUUGGAAUGGCUAGCGCAUUGGAGACACUAUGUGGGCAAGCAUUUGGUGCAGGGAAGCCCAAAAUGAUGGGUAUUUAUAUGCAGAGGUCAUGGAUCAUCUUACUAGCCACUGCUUGUUUGCUCACUCCUCUCUAUACUUACUCUCCUUACAUUCUUCAACUUUGUGGUAACACUCCAGAAAUCUCUCAAGCUGCUGGGAAGUUUGCUGUGUGGAUGAUACCUCAACUGUUUGCCUAUGCAUUCCAUUUCCCUAUACAAAAGUUCUUGCAAGCACAGAGGAAAGUGUUUGUGAUGGCAGUGGUGUCCGCUAUUGUGCUGGUAAUCCAUGUGACCCUCAGUUGGCUAUUUAUGCUUAAGUAUGGAUGGGGCAUGGCAGGCGCAGCCAUUGUGCUCAACGGAUCAUGGUGGCUGAUUGUCAUUCUGCAGCUUAUUUACAUUUUCGUCACGAAGUCAGAUGGUACUUGGAGUGGAUUUUCAUGGCUUGCAUUUGCUGACUUAUGGGGUUUUGUGCAGCUCUCCUUGGCAUCUGCUGUGAUGUUAUGCUUGGAGUUUUGGUACUUGAUGGUGUUAGUGGUUAUCGUAGGUGUUCUUCCCGACCCUUUGAUACCUGUUGACGCCAUCUCCAUUUGCAUGAACUUACAAGGAUGGGAUGCAAUGAUUGCGAUUGGUUUCAAUGCUGCCAUCAGCGUACGAGUAUCGAACGAACUUGGAGCUGGUAAUUAUAGACAAGCAAAGAUCUCAGUAACAGUAGUUUCUAUAACUUCAGUAGCCAUUGGAGUUGUAGCUAUGUUUGUGGUGCUAGGAACCAGAGACACAUUCCCUUACCUUUUUACAGCAAGUGAUGCUGUAGCCAAGGAAACUACACGGAUUUCAAUCUUAUUGGCUUUCACAGUUCUUCUUAAUAGCCUUCAACCAGUCCUAUCAGGGGUUGCCAUUGGAGCGGGAUGGCAAUCACUUGUUGCAUACAUAAAUAUUGCCUGCUACUAUUUCUUCGGACUCCCUGCUGGCAUUAUUCUUGGAUUCAAAUACGGGUUUGGUGGAAUGGGAGUUUGGGGGGGAAUGAUUGGUGGAAUUUGUUUGCAAACUGCGAUUUUGAUAGCUGUUACAGCUUUUACAAAUUGGAAGAAGGAAGCGGAUGAAGCAGAGAGCAGAGUACGAAAAUGGGGCGGAUCAGCAGCAUUUGACUGAUUUUUAGGUAGUACAAAACUACAAAACAAAGGGGUACCUACUGUGAGAAAAUUCACCCUGAAAAACAGAUGACGGUUUUUUAAGCUGCAAUCGCCUGCAUAUACGAUCAAAACAUAGACAUUGUCUUGCAACACGAAAUAGGAAACCAGAAGUGUCAAAGGAUAUCACGACUACACUGUGUUGGUGGUUGUAGAUGAUUAGAAGUGAAUAUUCAUCAAGUCCACUAGCUUCUUUUCUUUUCCUGAUGUUGUAUAAAGAUUAUUGUGGUUUUUUUUAUACUCGGGAGUCAGGGAAUGUAAAAUUAGAGAAGGCUAUACGACGGCAUAUUUGUGGUAUUGAGAUCACCGAUGUAAAUUGAUCCAUCGCAAUAAUUUUGAAUUCAUCAAAUAUGCAAAUUUAUUUUUGCCGUUUUCCCCUCCA